AUCAAUCUCUUCGAUGCUACAGAGGCGGACGUCCGAACCAUCGUGGUUCAUUACAUUACCUACGGGCUUUCUGAGAAAUGUACAUAGAUACACUCCAUGCAUUUACCAUAACAAACAAACUAAAUUACUAUGGCUAUGCGUCAAGUAGCGUCCUCUCUUAGUUUCGGGCAAUGGUUCUUCAUUCUUCAUUCUGAUUUAGACUUUGUUCUCUUCUGAUUUUAGGCUUUCAUCUCACUCUCUGCAAUGGUUCAAACAAACUUCACUCAACAGAACGACAUCAUCGAGAAAGUUGAAGACACGUCUCAUUGCGAAAACAUCAAGACGGCCUAUGAGGCGGUAAAGUCGCACUUGAGCAUGCCAAGCUCAAAAUCCAGACUCUUGGCUUUGAAACCCAACAGCAGCCGGCUGACAGUUCUAUCGCUUCUGUGGUUGACGUGUUUUGCAUCAAGGAGCAACCAAUGCGACAAUGACGAAGAGUGGCAGAAAGAAGUGUAUCUAUCUAUCUAAAUUUCUUACUGUGCUUGUUGUUUCUUGUAAACAAUGAAUUAUAAAUUUUAUACUGAAGAAUUAUGUGAGUCUAUCAAUGAGUGCGCCACUUUUUCUAGUUCCAGUUCCUUCUAGCUGUAGCAACUACCUAGUGCUCCACUUGAAGUCAUAUCAAUUACGGGGUAGCCUACCGCUGAGUUUCAAGCUGGGUCCUAUUUGUGUCCACCUAAAACUUACUACCAGGCUGGAUAUGUGCGACUUGGAGCUGUUGAUGUUUUGCGGUUUGAAAUCCUGGCUAGACAAAUUCAAGUACGAGCCGGCAAAGAAGUUCUCCGUGGGACACGAUAUGAGCAAAGCAAAUGAGAUCUUGGACAAUGAGCAAGGCUUCCCGAUUCAGUGCAGCGCUCUGCUGACGCUGAAGCUGGCUAUUCGCGGGGUACUUCCACUGACUUCUAACAAACUACAUUCAUUUCGGAAAGUUUGCCAUCUAUUCUUGUUGAGGAAUUUUGUGAGAGUGAGUGAGUUAGUAUGUAAAUUAAUUCCUCUUUCUUAGUCAUGCCGUGACUUGGAUGGAGAUUGAGCGGCCGUUUCAUUCUUAGCAUCUUUAUUAAUUUUUCAUUCUCGUAGAAGAUACACUAGAUCAGUGCGUUUAUUGGUAUCAAUCGCGUAUCAGUCUGCGACGCAUGGUUUUACUUUUGUGCUGAAGCUGCUUCUUUUAGGUUUUUAGUUUUUCAGUGCAUGUUCUGGAGAGUGUGUGAGAGUAAGUUUUUACUUCACACCUUCACUCUUGGACUCACAAGGAAGUCUCUUCAAAGUGCAAGUUCAACUGGUAGACAGGAGCGCCAACUUUUUUUACAAGCUUUCCUUUCCAAUUUCAGUUCGUCGAAGCGAAUGUGCGGAAGUUAGAAGCGGAAAAGAAGGAGAAGACACUUGUUCACGCAGCGGCGAAUACAGCUGCGUCCGAAACGGACAAGAAGGCCCUGAUGAGCAUUCAGGAGAACAGGAUGACCCCUUUUGACAUUUUCCGGCUGCUAGCCAGAGUUGAUAAAACCAAAGCGAUGGCUGGGAACAAAGCAGCGGAAGAAGCGAAUGAGCUGCAGCCUUACUUCGAGUACAACCUCGGAACGUGGAUGCCGAUGAUGGCACCGGAGCAGGUAUCUAGAGGACUACUCUGCUCAGCAACGUGUUUUGUGUCUACGUUUCUCUCGAUUUCAGAAUCUCAGGAUGCAAAUCGCGUUCGUUGGGCAUCAUCUAGGUAGACGCUGUCAAAUUUAUUGCUACUUAGUAUGACAUACUGUGCUUGUUUGUAAGUAUUAUAUUUAUUAAUAAUUGAUAUUAUCUUCUCCACCAGGUUGACCAAUUGAAGGAAAAGGCAGAGAUGUUGCUCGGCAAAGCGGAAGCAGAAGGAUUGACUUUGAAGUCUCUGGAGAACUUGGUGAACUUGAUGAAUGUUUUGCGGAACUACUACGAUAACGCGCUGAAUCUUGUUUGCUCGAGUCACGUGCCGGCAAUUGCUAUGAUGGAGAAGGAACUUCCGCGCCUUGCGUCUAGUGCUAGCGUGAGCCUUGAGAGAGGAUGGAUCGGCUACUGCAAAAUGCUUCGUCGUGAUGUUCUUCAAAAACUUGCUAGUGGUCACGCGAUCUGGUCGACAUUCGCCUUGUUCGAUGAUACGAAAGCAACAGCACACGCGGAUCUGCAGAUGUUGAACGAAGCUGCAGCCGUGAUCAACCAAGAAAUCCUGGACCACAAGACCCAGGUUGAAAUCACUACGCAGAUGGCAAAAACCUGCGCGCGCAGUUUGAUCGAUUGGGAGAAAAGGACGAAAGACAUUCAUCCGAAUAUGGAUGUCGGCAAAGUAGCUCAGGGCGCAAUUGCGAUUGCCAAGGCCCGCCUUGAGAGCGCACCAUGGUACAGGCGAGCUGUUGCCACUCUGGAGCAGGCAGUCAAAAGUAUAGCUUACUUUUACUUUUCUUGAUACUUUAACUUCUCGGACUUUUGUCAGCGCAGACGGCAGGUCCUUGGCGUGGCCUGCUCUGCAUCGCCGUGCGCUUCUGGAUCCGCUUGCUGUGAUCGAGAAAACAGAUGGGGGCCGAGUUCGGUGCGCCCGCGCGCGCCCGCUGUUUCUUGGGGUUUCGGGGACUCGUGGCCGCCGAGUUGGGGAAGGAUGGCCAAGCCCCGCGCAGACUUCCCCCAAGCGGCGCACAGCCUGCAGCGGUGCCCGAGCCUGCGACGCUCUUGCCCCCCCUUCUGGUUUUUUGCUGAUCGAUGGGAAAGCGGAAAAAGGUGACCGGGCUGCUCCGGCUUGUUCACGUGCCUGCGCCAACAUGCGAGCGCCCCCGAGCUGACCGCUUGCGUGUCGCUUAGCGGGAAUGAAUUGGAGGACCCGCCUGCUCCGUACAUGCGGAAGCUGCAGCAAGUGCGCCGCCGGUGGUUAGCUGCUCCACGAGGCGACGCGCCAGAUUCGUGGCGGCAGCAGGUUGGCAGAUGGAGCGGGAGGAGCUGGCAGUCCCAGAGCCGCGACCGUCAGCGCAGAGGGGUGGCAAGCUACAGCGGCAAGCAUUUCGUCAAACUUCAAGCAACGGAAUGCGCGAACGAACGGGCGAGCAACUCGCUGAAUGCAGUAAGGCAGCGGCAGGGAGCGGGCGCCGUGCUCUGCGCGUGCCAAGUGCUGCGCCGCCCCGUUUAUGCGCGCCGGGUGGCGGACUCCUUUCGCGGCGUGUCGCCUGGGCGUAGUCUCCCAAGAAACUCGGCGGACGGCUGAAGGAGCAGAGCGGAAGGCGAUGGCCUGGCGCUACUCGCUGGCGGACAAGAAGAGGCGCCAAAGGCCAGGCCUAGGCUCGUAAAUGCUGGCAGGGUCGUCGACGACCAGACGAGUGAGGAAGGAAAGUUGCAGACGUGUGCCCUCGGAAGUGCUGCGCGUUGGGUGAUCUGUGGGCGGCUGCGCUGGAGGGGGAGACGCAGCGCGCAGGGCGCCCCGGUCAGAUGUCAGGCGCCGCGAGCGGUAGCGGCGGCAGGUGGGGCGUCGGGUUGCCUCUGAUUUGGGGCGGGUGGCGUGCGUGAAGAGCUGCGCCAUCUUUUGCCGGAUCUUUCUGAAGCCAGCAGCAGCAACGCGCGAGGAGGCGGCGCCGUUCCGUUCUGGGUCGGACAUGCAAGGGCUGCGGCAGCUUUCUGCGCAACACUGCAGGCGUUACGGAAAGAGAGGGCUGGUCGCUGAUGCGGAUACAUAAGCGCGCGGAGGUGGGCUGCUCGGAGCUAGACGAGCAGGGCGAAGGCUUCCCGUCGGGGUUCUCUCCUUGGAGGAGGCGGGUAGCCUUGUGCUGCGAUGUUGGGCAGCUGUGGAGACUGGCCGCGAGGCAGGUGCCAGCGUGUCAGCGCUGAGAAGCCGGGGGGGGUCUUCUUGCUUUUUUGGGCCUCUUUUCUUAGCGGAUCCGUCGCUGCUGCUUGUUGUUCUCCGCUGGGUGGCUACUAACUUAGAAAAGGCCAAGCAUUGGACUAGCGCAAGAACGCAAGGAGGCACGGGGCCAACUAAGUCAGAGGCUUGCCCGCGCUUUAGCUCAGGGCUUUGGCUGCGUCGCUCGUAGCUACUUCCUUAGGAAUCUACGAAAGUAAGGGGCGGCAGCUUUCUGCUUAGCGCAGGGCCUGGAGCUCAGUUGGUGCGUCGUCGGUUAUCGAUGUGCCCCACUCAAGGGCCUCCGCUUUGGGCUUUUGUCUCGUUCGUGGCAGGCUUGUGGUGACUUUUUUUUUUCGGUAUGGAUGUGGAUAAUUCUCGAAGUUUUCGGGGCUUCGCUCUUUGUCGUUGCUCUGUCGUCGUGUGUGUGACGGGUGUGCCUGUUUGGUGUUGUCUCGUCUUCUUUUUCCUUGUUUGCGGGUGCGUGUUUCUUUGUCAUUUUGUCACCUGUUGGCGUUGGAUAGGUUCGCGCGUGCUCAAGUGACUGCGUGGCAAAAAGUGGGGGGGGGUGUUGCUUCUUGCUCUUUGGUUUCUUGUCUCUCGGGUGUCGGCGUGGGCACUUGUCUGCGCUAGGGGGUCGCGUCGGUGUUUCGUCUUUGUGUUUGUGGUUUGUGUGAGUGUGGGCGAGUUGUGGCUGGUCGAUGUCUUGGCGGCUGGCUUCGGUCGCGUUGGUCUUUUGUUUUGGUUGUGUAUUCGUGUCCAUUUUCUGGCUUGCCUUGGAAUUGUUUACUUUGCAAAGGAAAGGGGUGGCGUGCUGCAAUGUGGCGGAUGCUGGCGCGGAUGAAGGUCGUGGGCGCUGCUGGUCUGUAGCGAGCAACGCGCGGGGGGGCUGCGCCGUUCCGUUUUGCUUCGGGCAGACACGGGCCGCCGCGGCUCUUGGCGCAGCGGCGCGGUAGCCUCGGAUAUAGUGGCGGCAGGGGACCGCGUUACGCAGGAAAAGGGCCCGCCGUUCCUUCUUCUGGGUUUCCACGUGGUUAGAUAGAGUGUUCGGCGUGUCGGCGGGCGCGUUGCUUGUCGUCUUCUCUUUUUGGCGCUCGUGGCAGCAAGCUGCGCCGCUUUUUGCCUUUGGGAGGGGGAUUCUAUUGCGGCCUCAUCUAGCAACGAACUGCAAGCAACGCGGGCGCGCAGGUGGCGCGGGUGCUCGUGAUAAAAGACGCGCGGGGGCUCUCGCUGGAAUCUGUAAGCGUAAGGCAGCUGUGGGACUUCGGCGCGGUCCUCUGCGCUUUUCAAGUGCGAGCGCUGCGCGGGGGCGCCGUGUGGGUCCGCGGCGUCUCUGCUGCGUCGUGGUUGGGAGAGGGCCAGGUGCUGCCUCGGGGUCCGGCUGCUUCUGUGUGAAGUGGGAGGGGCUUCCGUUUCUUUUUUUGCGUAGGUAUUUGCUGGCGUUUUUCUCUGGCGUGAAGCAAUCCCGUAGCAUUGGCGGGCCCCUUCCUGCAGGGUUCUGGGUGUCCUCGCUUUUCUUAGAAGCGGCGGGCGCGCUUGUGCGUGGCCUCGGCUGGGCGCCUCGCUGCGCUGGCGUGAUCGGGUUGCGACUUCCUUGCCCAAGUGUGCCUGGUCAUUUGUUUGGCUUGUGGGGUGCUGCGCUGCGUCGUGGUGGGGGCGGUUUUGAUGGUGGAGCAGGCGGGGCAGGUAGGCCCAGCGCCGCGGCCGCGGGGGGCUAGCGCCGCAGGCGUUGGACCCCCGAAGCGUGGCAUGUUCCAGAGCAUGCCAGGGGCGGCAGCGUAAAGUAGUAGAAAGGAGUGAAGAAGUGAGAAGGGGGCGGCGGCGGCGGCGCCUUCCUUGGCGGAGGCUACGAAGUAGAGGGGGGCCGUUUUUGUUGCGGUUUCGCUGCCUUUUGUCCGCUUUUGGUCCAUGCUUGUCGCCGGCGUGCUCCGUCUGGUCUUGGCUCGGCUGUUGGGUUUAGCGUGGCCGUCGGGCUCGCUUGUGGGCUCGGUCGCUUCUUCGUCGCUCGCGGUUUCGUGGUGCGCUUCGUGCUUGGGUCUCUUCGUUCGUUGGUGUUCUCUUGCUUUAGAGGUUGCCCCUUUUUGUUUGGUCGUCUGCUUUCUGGGCUUUUGCUGGACUUGGGGAGAGGUUUGCCGCGAGGUGUCGCGGCUUGUGAUCGAUGAGAAAGCGCCGCAGGAUCGCGCUGGCGCGGAGACUCAGGGGGGCGGCCAUGAAUGCAGUCGCAGGGCCCUCCGCAGCUCCGUACAGUGCGAGGCAGGGGGAAGGGAGAAAAAGCAGAAUGGUGGAUGGAAGAGACUCCGGGCGAGGCUGCUGCCGUAAGUGCUUCGGCAUCUUCCAGCGGGGGCCCCGUGUGUUUGCUUUGGGGUGGAGGGUGUAAGUGGUGAAAGGGGGGCUGUGUGCAGGUGUGUGCUCGCUGGCUUGUUGUCGCUCCCUCGUGUCUCCGCCCGUUGGCGUCUGGUUGCCGUCGUCUCGCAGAUUUUCCGAUAAUAGUACCCCGCUGGGGCGGGGAGCUUUCUCGCCGUGGUUCUCUGUGGGUGCUUGCGGGUUUUUUUCUGGUAGGUAUGUGCCAACUCUUCCCCUGCGGUGUUGGGUGGUUGAGGUCUGGCGGAGUCUGGUGGGAAGUGUCUCCGCUUCUCAGUGAGGAUGGGCGUCGGCGUUGGCGUGGGUCGUGUCUGGUUUUUUCUUCGCAGAUUGGUGGCUGAAGCUUACGGGCGGCAUGCUGCGGCGGUUGCGCCUCGCGGGCGGUGGUGUCGGGUGUCUCUUUUUCUGCUUCGGGCUUUCUUUGUCUCUUAGGUGGUGUCGGAGUAGGGUGGAGGGGUGGCGCCUGCGUCUGGUGUUCCUCCUCUUGCUUCGGUGCCGUGUUCGUUGUACUUUGUCGGUGGUGGAUUUGGUGCCGGAAGUGCUCGGGUAUUCGUGCUGUGGGGGUUUGCUGAUUGAGAGACAGGCAGGCCUCCCUCAUGUGGGUAGUCGGGUGGCUGGUGGUGGCUUGUCUUUCUCUGUGUCUUGUGUGGCUCUUUCGUUUAGUCUGACUAUGAUUAAGUGUGUUAGUUAAUUUGUAUAUUUUCCAUGCUUGCGUCUAUUUUCUUGGUGUUCGUUGGGUGGAGUCGUGCCUAUCUUCAAUGAGGCCGUAUGAUGGGGCUCGUACUUUCAUUAUAAUAUAUACAUAGAUACAUAUCUAUGUCAUAGUCAGUAAGUUGAUUAAUCAGCUCGCCUUUAUUCCGUUAUAUAUGGCGUUAGCUAGUCUGUGGCGCCUCGACUUAGUUUCCAUUUUGGAGUCAAAGACCUCACACUAGUAAAAACCUUCACUCACAGCGCAUGAAUUUUAUGCGAUUCGUGGCGCGUUGGAGGGUAAGGAUGGCAGGUUGGUGGAGCAGCUUGCGGGUGUCCGACUGGCAUCGAGUUUUACGCUUUUGCGAAACAUGUUGAAUUUGCGUGGGCGCCUGGACCCGAAUUCAAGCACGCGGAAUUUGGGCAAAGAAGCCAAAAAAUCACCAACAGAACUGGGCGAGAUGAAACUAGAGGACUUUCUGCUGAAGCACAACGCGAGGCCAGCAGCUCCAAAUCCCGGCAUCUUGGAUAAGCAAAAGACCAAGGAUCAACCAGCUUCUUCAACAUCUACAUCCCCAAAAAAUCUUUUGCCGCUUCUGGACGGAUCAGCAUCAGCUACAAGUACAACACCUGGUGCCAAAAUUAACGAUGCUGCCAACUCUGCUACUUCUGGCGAGGCUAACGCUAACAAGCAUGAAGAAAAACCCCACAGCGAAGAAGGGGAGAAUAGUCUUGGCCUUGCUCCUACAACUACUUCGGCGAGUCCUGCUCUUGCGACUACAUCCGUCAAUGUGAACGAUGCCAAUCAGCCAGAGACGAACGAAGGGCCGACGGCAAUGGAAGUGGAAACUAGUACAACUGCAGACCAGAAUACUGGCGCGGAUGGUAAUGUUGCGGCGGCUGGUACUACUACCACUCCGGGCAUCGAAGCUGCUAUCAUUCCGGCUUCUACAAAUGCAACUGAUGCCCCAGCUGGUGCCCCAGUCGCUUCGACUUCGCUUGUGGUUGGAGAAGAAAAGGCUGAGGCGAACCCGGUGCCUACAGGCGACAACGCUCCCGCAGCUUCCCCGGCGACUGCUACGGCUACGACUACAGCUACGACUACAGCUACAACUACAUCAACUACAACGAUUACAGCCGAGAAUACGGGCGCGCCUAUGGGUGUUCCAGCCGCAUCCGCGACAGCAGAACUCGCCCCGGCAGGUCCUGUUGUUGUGCCUGACACUGAAAUCCCGGGAGUCGAAUCUGAAAACCCGUCUGCGGCGACGGUCACCACUGUCACUGAAGCGGGCGUCGAGGCGACCACAUCUAAUACUACUACGAUGCAGAACGUGGACACGACUGGGGAACCUGAGGCUGCUGGUGGAAACGCUGAAGAGCUAGACCUUGGUGGUGAUUUGCUUGAUUUGAUCACGGACCCGCAAGUGAUGGAUCCGACGAAUCAGAACAAUCCGUUCUCCAACAGCAAUCCUUUCGAGAACAACAAACCUUUCGAGAACAUCAACCCUUUCGAGAACAACAACCCUUUCGAGAACAGCAACCCCUUCGAGAACAGCAACUCCUUCAACGGGAACAACCAGACGGUUGACAACCAACUUGGUCACGACGACUCACCACCGGCAGCAGGCUUGAUCGAAGCGCAGACCUCUCUGGAUUUUGGCGAGGAGAGAGGCGACGACGUGGUAACUUCUAUCUUGGAUAUUCCUACUCCCUCGUAAGCUUUUGCUACCGUUGAAGUAGCUGGGAGCAUUGCUAGGCCGUUCCUAAAUAGCUUCUGCUUGGCAGCGCUAUGGAUAGUUUUUGGUUGAGGUAUUUUCAUUGGAUUUAGGACAAGGGUUCGCAGACUGGUUCUCCAUGUUACAUCUCUCAACCCUACCACCCAGAUUGUAACUCCGGGCGAGGAGCUGCCGAGUAAGUUCUGAGAAACUGGCAAACGCAACCGCGAAGCUGCCGAAGAAUUUGCCAUGGAAGUAGAACAGAGCGUCGCAGGCUUGCAACCUGCUCUCUCUGUAGAAGGGGUCAUUCAGCUGACGGAUUCUGAGGCCGAUGAGGUUAUCGAUUCGCCGACGAAAAAGCAGAAAGGUGCCUACUCUAUCUCUAACUUCCCGCAUUUGCAUACUAUAGUUACACUUUUCGGAGGUCAGUUUUUUUAUCAACGUGGUGACAAUUAUGUGCUAUCUAUCAAGACGACAGAGUUCCUCUAUCGAUUGGUGUACCAGUCUAAGGGCUUUUUCUUCCCUUCGUAUGCAUCCAUGGAAACAAAUUCGCAGGUGGCGGCGACAAAUUGAGCCUGGAUAUCCCAGAUUUUCCGGACAUGGAAGAGGAAAUGAAAAAAGCAGAGGAACGCAAUAAGAAAGUCACGGCUGCAGUCAUGUCGAAGAAGGCAGCAAAGCCGACGAACGUGAGCAUGAGCAACCCUAAAAAUGAGGCUUGAAGAAAUGACCUAUAGAUACAUAGAUAGUCGCGUAGUAUCUAUGUAUACGCAACAAGCAAGGUAGAAAGUCACAAGCUUCAAUUUAAAUACGAAGCAGCGAAGUGGAAGUCAAUGGCUUUUUUAUAGGAACUUCGGUCUUGUGUAUUACAUGACAUUCAUUCCAUGGUAGACCUGGCGAUCAAUCUAGUCGUUGCUCGGUGGUAUAAUGCUAGGCGUACAUAUACAGCACGGAGAUCGUGCCUUUGAUUUCUACAGCGAAUUCGUUCGAUUUUCAAACUCAAUCAUUGACGUUGCCAUACAGCAUAUGUGUAACGAUUUCAAAUACUUGCGGCGAUUUCUCUCCGGUACAUCCGCUUCUUCAUGCUUGUGCGAGCGAGUUUUUUUAGCUAAAAAUGUAGGUCAAACUGGGCAGCAGAAUGUCAUCGAUCGCCUUUCAAUCGACGAACUCUCAUACUUAUAUUUAUAGGAUAAAUAUUUAUUAUUAAGACAUGGAUGCACUUACUUAAGGUUUUUUUUUGCGGCGAAAGUAAGAUGUCUGAAGUGGGAACCUGUGUAGGAUCUAUGUAUCAUCAAUCUAUCACUCUUCGUUCCAACCAAGGAAAAUUUUAGUGGUAAGCUGCCUGGAUGUAAGUUCAUGCUACAUGCACCCCUGGAGAAUUCUUCCGUGCAAACUCAUAAGUCAAGCAAGUUUCUUCACUUCAAAACCAAUUUUAUUUCAUUGAUUCGCUCUAGAGUAGACGAGAGCCGCGUCUUCGCUUCCCGCCUAUUCUUUUUUACUCCCCAGUAGCCAGUCAGACUGUCUUUUUUGCUAACGUGAGAUUCAUUGAUAGAUAGAAUGAAAGUUUAACUUCCAACUUCUUUGUGCACUAUCUAAAUACCUGAAUGCAUAAAAAAAUGUAAAAAUAAAGAUCUUCAUAGAUUGAGGGAGAAAUAUAAUAAAUAAGCUAUCUUCCUUGCUUCUAGCGAAGUUAAGACAUGAAACCGAAGUUAGGAAAUACAGGACAGCACCAAGACACUGAAUCAUGCGUGUGUAUAUAAAUAUUUAUCAGCACUUUCCUCCGAUGUUGCGCUACCGAAUCACUCGGAAUGGGCGCAGUUUGUUUUCUUGACAGAGAAAGACUCACUUUUCAUCUUGAUAGCUGAAGCAAUCAACCGAGGAGCCGCCAUGUGAUCGAUCCUCUUACAGACCUCACACGUUUCCAUGUCUCUGAAGGCUUUUACUGAGAAAAAGAGUUGGACUCUGAUGCUUCGUUUGAGAGUGGCGCGACUUGCAGCCUUCGUUCUCUCGAAGACUGGUGAAGUAAAGUACAUGGAUGAAUAGGCGUUCGAUCUUUCUGAGACCACGAGCGAGCUUGGGUCAAUUAAAUUGAAUCGCAGCGGGCAUCUGGUGUAAGUAUAGACGUCGUCUGUUUGAGAAGACCAGGUCAGGAUCCGUGAGAAGAGACGCGCGCGAUAGAGAAGACGGAGUGAGAUCUCGCAAAUUCGAAAAGGUCUAUCCUCGAUCUUAUUUCUCAUCGUAACUUCGUCAGGCUCUUUAGCUAGCUCUCUCCCGUAAUCUAAUUGAAAUGGAGCAGGAAUCUUGUUGGAAAAGGUCCCUAUCCCACUGCUUUCACCUAUCUCCGCUUGGAGUUCUAUUAGAACGCAGAAUCAAAAUGGAGUGAAAGACUGCUAAGAAUUUGAAGUGCAAGGAUGGUAGGCGUUGACUUACGAGGAAUUUCAAAGGCUUUAUCUAUGAUCACUUUCUUACUUCCGAAAUUACACCUGACAGGGCUAAGAUGUCUGGCAAUGGCCCAUAUUUAUGGUAGACGGUCGUAGGUGAGUUGUUUUGUCGAGCUCAAAUUCUUCACAGCGUUUUCAAUUUUUGCAAGGAAGAAUGAAUGGCUGCACGAUACUCGCUGUUUUCUUUAUUUCGCUCACGCGCACGCCUUCGCUGUGCUUUCAAGGCCGAUGCCGGGAUCCUGUCUCCGACUCCUUGCCUACACGAUUGGCGAAGCAAGCUGUUACUUCGCUCCCAUGCACUCACUCACUCAUACCCACACUUUCCCCGCGGAUGCUCACUCAAUUCCUCGGUGUUCGGAUGGAUUAAAUCCACAAGAAUUGUGGAACACAUCAUCGCACAAGAACUUUUGAUCUCAGUGUUCGUUUUCAUUUCGGAGUGUCAGUGAAUGCAACUCCGAAGUGCAUGAAAAAGAUCCAAAAAAGAUCCAGAGUUUUUAAAUUGUAGAGCUAUUUUCCACUGUGAACAAACUAUUUUUUCUUGACAGGUAUAAGGGCACUUCUACCACAAGUAUAAGCUACAAUUAUCCGACAGGCACAACGGUUCAGGAGAAGAAAGAGCUCCAGGAGCAGAAAGGGAAGCUUGCAAGUGCUCUAGCGGUUGGGGUAGUUGAAGAUUUCGUGGCAGGAAAUGUGAUCAAGGGGUCGGUUGCUCCGGAGGAGGCCGACAAAGUUUCAGAGCAUAUUAUAAGCCAGCCAGGCCUUGUGGAUAGUCUCGCAGCGCGCAUGUUAUGUAGAAAAUGAAAUUAUACCAAACUGGAGCUGCAGUUCCAACAUGUCCAUCCAUCCAGACGAAAAAGGGCGGCUGAAAUCUGGAAGUACUACUUAGAAGUAGAAGUACUAUUAGUUUACCUGCUCACGAAUAGGCACAUGAUCAAGAUCAAUCAAUCUGAUGUACGUGUACGUGUCGAAACGGAAACAAAGUGUUGAACUUGAGCGAUCAUUUUCCUUCCCGAAAGAUUUAGACUAUUUUUCCAGACACAGACUCUCCACAAUUAAGUAGAACUACUAGAUUUAGAAUUAAGUAGAUUGAUAGGCGAUGCCUGGCUCAGGGGCUCUUCUUGUUCGCGUAAAGGAAAACAGCCAUGUCAUUCAUUUUCAUGCCAACAGAUGAAUGCGAUCAGCGAUUUCAACAUAGACUCAUAUGAAAACAAAGCGCCAGUCUUGCCAUCCUCAUGUAGUAAGGUGUCGUCUAAUGUGGCAGACUUUGUUCGGCGGUACACAGAAGCCCGUCCGAGUGACAAGGACGCAACUAGCGACAAUGCGAGGCCCUACAAAGAACGAAGACGGUACGCCGAGGAAAUACUCCAGAUUCCGGGCGACGGGUCACUCCCGCUACACAGCAGCCGAAGUAGAUGAAGAACCAAGAGUGGACGUCAAUCAAAUUCUUAAGGCAAGAAUGAAACGCAAAAAUAGAUCGGGACUUUCAACACUCCAGCAUGAUCAUGAAACAGCAGCAUAAAAACUUAGCAAUAAAUAAAGUUGUCGUGAGUAGUACUUGUACCACUAAACUAUGAAGCCUUGCUCGUCUUCCUUGUCGUGGUUGUGCACCACUUCCGUCCAGCAUGUACUUGACUUACUACGAGGAUAAGUAAAACAACUUCUACUCAACGCGCUGAGAGGUACAAACGGGUUCCACUAGAUCUAAUAUAAUAAUGUCACCGACUAACAGAGGGAAGCAGGGCGGCAACCUCUUUGACUUGGAAUCGCCCGAUCCUCGAGGACCAACUUCUGCAGAGUUUGGGCACGACGAACAUGCGGAAAUAAAGCUACCGUCUCCUGACACUGUGUUACGAUUUAUUUUCAUACCAGCAGUUGUUAACCUACAGGAGUAGGUCUCUGACUUGUAGUUCAAUCUUCUUCUAAUGAAAAACAAAAACAAUAAUCUUAUGUCCUCCUUCGAGUUCGAACGAUUAAAUCAAAGUCAAAUAAUCUUCCUAUUCCUAGUUGUCGUUUCGAAGAGUCUUCACUUAAUUGAAUCAAAAUCAUACAGCUAGAUAAUUAAUAGUCCUCUAAGUCAAAUGGAAGAAGUGCAACCGAUCCUACAAGACGCGCUUUGGAAUGCACUCAAAGAAGACGACGAUGCUCAUGUUAUGCCUACUUAAUUGUUUUAACUUUGUUUAAGUAAGUAAUCGUUUAGGAGGUACAGGGAGGCUGAAAGGCCUCAAUACCGUUAGUCAGGACGGAGACAGAGGUAUCAUGACAUGACAUUAGCAGUAGGACGUGUUCUAGGUUCAAACUUUGAAGUAGUAGACGUACUCAGCAGGUGUACAAGUGUUUCAUGAUCUUCUAUCAAUAUCAUGCUGUUGAGAAUGUUCUUGCUUGACUGAAUAAAGAGCGGAGUCAUUUUUCAGGGAUCGUGACUGAAGGGGUGUAAGAACGUCGUUAGUACCCAUUGUCAAUUUUUCUUAUGAUAUCUGUACUACUACUAGAAGUCUAAUAUGGCGCUGGGGACUGUAUAUAUAUUUAUAGAAUACACUUCUUCAAGCGAGACUUACUGUAUCGCUCCAUAGUCAUAGUUGAAAAUAGAUCGUUUUAGUUUGAUUCAUCAGUUCCGAAACAAGCUUAUGGUUAUGCUCAGUUUCAAAUGGUGAGGCUAGAAACUUUUCUAAGACAAAGAACAACUACAACCAUCAAGAGGAGAACGAGAAGACGUCCCCAAUGUCGCUGAACAAGAAUGAGCAGAUGGCGGCUAUGUCAUUCGCCGCGCCACGGAAGAACAUGGCGGAAGGGGAGGCUCAUCCAUCUCGCAACGGUCACAGCAGGGCAUCGCGAAGUAGCUAUGCUCAUUACCAGGCUGGUAGAAAAAAUAAUGAUAAUUUUGGCAGAGGCGCUGGGGCUGGCGGACGAGCAGGAGGACGCGCGUCAUCAAUAGGAACAAAGCCACAGUUCAUGUUCAUGUCCGAUCCAGCCACUGGGCCACAACGAUUCGGUCAAGACAGCACAGAGCGAAGCGUACAACUAGAAGCCAACAAGGCAAAGCAGCAGCACCAGCCAGAAAGAGUUUUAAGGCAAGUAAAGAAGUUUUUCCCGUCGUAGUAAGUUGUGGAGGUGCUGGGGUCUCGUAGUAUACAUAUGCAAUUACUUGUUACUUUUUUUGCUGUUUGCCUUUGCGCAUGCGCUUUCUGAUAUGUUAUUGAUACAGCUAGUGGGAAGGUGGAGCAGGUUUAUGAGGUCGAGUGACUCAUAAAGCAAAGCAGAUAGAUAGAGAAAAUAAACGGACGAGUAGUGAGCUUGCGUCGUCCUACUCCCUUCAUCCAAAAUAUCGCUAAUGCGAUUCUCAUACUCUCGAAGCGCAACAGAUGAUUUAGGCUGAGGUAGAGGUAGACGAGAUACUGCUGGUGGUGGAGCAACUACUUAAUCCUACACGACACAGCCUGUAGCUUCAGUUUCUGAAGAUGAAUAGGAACAAUCAUUUGAUCAAGGAUGGUGUCUAAUUUCACUUUCCGCCGAGCUGAUAAGUGGUGCAUUUCAGCGGUUUCUCGAUGCAGCAGAGCGUCUUGAGAAACAGGUUUCGGCUCAUCGGGCUCUCCGCAAAGUUAGCAAGCUUGGAAGGAUUGAUGUUCAGCCUGGUAUUGAAUCAAAAAGCAAGCUGUCUUCGACGGAUGAUGAUGGUGAAGAUGAGUCCGUCGAAAAAAGUCAGGAUGAUGAUGUCGAUGCGCCAGCAAUAUCAACAAAAUAUCCUGAACAAAAGAACGGAGUAGGAGAACGCGAAGAUGGACUGGCGUCCUCGCACAAAACUAGCAGUACAAAUAGAGAGCAGGCUGAUCAUGAUCAUCAGGAAGAUGGAGACGAACCUGGUGGCUUUUUUGCUGUACUAGAACAGUCUUCGAAGUCGUCCACUAACUCUGUUCGCUCAACGAGAGCGUCCAAGAACAUCAAGAUAGAGAGCAGCAAACAGCACCAUAGCUCUUCCGCUGUGCCUUUGGCUGGUGAUCUACAUCGUGGCCACUCGUCAACCGCCACCAGCACAUCAUCAUCUAGGAGCUUUGAGGUUGAGGAUGGUGCGGGAGCUGCGGCUGCUGAACAAACGGCAAAUGCCGCCCGCCUUGGAAAGCCAAGUAAGGAGCAGAAAGAUUAUCUUCGCAAUCGCACUGACGACAAAAAGCGUCAUUUUGAUAAGGAUUGUCUCUCUACUGCUGGCGCUCCGUCUGCAGCUGCAGUGGACGCCAGCAGACCUGUGGCUACUCAUCUGUCUGCCACGACGGGAGAAACGAAGAGUGGCAUGAGGACGACGGUAGAAGUUUCUUCUCCUGCUUCUUGUAGCAACGUACAGGAUCUUAUGUCAACCUCCGCCUUCACAAGCGAUAUGUUGAAGGAUAUCUUGGCCCGCAGUGUUGUCGCUACAACAACCCCGUCUCCUGAUAAAGAAAGCAGAGGAGCAGUUGAGCGCACAUCGCAACGAGAGCCGUUGACUUCUUCGGUUUCUCUUUCAGCACCGAGACUAGGAGAGCUACGACCUCAACCUCUGCGCGCAGACGAUGACAGACGAUUAUCAUCAUAUCAGGACGCGCUCGCACAUGCUGCACAUCAGCAACAAUCGCAGCAGCUCCUGGGGCAUGACGUAACUCUUGAUAACCAAACGCGAAUGAUAGAUGGACUUGGACAUGGAGGACCUCCACGAGGCGCGGAUCAUUCUUCGAGUGGUCAUGUCUCCCGAGUAUCGCUCUCGGCUAGCAGCUCGGCGACACAACCCGCCGUGGUGGAGAUCAUUAGGACGUCGCAGGAGCACCAGAUGACCUAUAACGACGUCACGUACAACAGCUAUAGCACUAGAAGCAAGAACGCUGGUGAUGAACAUGGUUCUUCGGCGGCGCCUCUUCGGGAGAUAUCUUCAACAUCUUCUAGUUCGAGUGCUGUGCUAGACGAGCUGAAUGCGCACGUAGCAGCGGGUGGCGUAGUUCAGCCGCGCAUCGGCGAACCAUCUGGCAGCGAUCUCUUGCCGCGCGCUCGCCCUGACACGAGUAGUGGUUCAUCAGUUUUCCAGCAUUCAGCACAUGCAGGCUCAGGUGGUGCUUUAUCUGGCGCAAUCGCAACCACUGCAGGUCCUUCAACGAUGGCGUCUUCGAAUAUAGUAUCGACAUCAAUAGCAACUCCUCCGUCUGACCAUCAUCCAUGGGGCUCCGCUCCGUCCGCUGGCGCAACAGGCGUCGAGGAUCAUGCUUGGCUAUCUUCGUACCGGUCUGCCACAGCGACAGCAUCUUCCAGCACAACAAUUGGGGGGAUUGGGAACAUGUCGACAAAUACAACAAGUACUAACCCUUUGUUGCAGAAAGCAUCAACGAUGCGUAGCUUGUUUCUCCAAAGGCCGGGAAUGACGAGGCCAGGGCCUACGAGUAGCUCGUUGUCUGAAAACGCUGAUCGUAACCAGCAAGUAGUCCAACAACAACAACAAGCUAACGCGAUGAUGUCGAGAACAAUUGACACUGGUGCUGCAGGUGGUGCACCAGUUUUCCGACCACCUAGGAUCGGGGCUGUUGCUGCCGACAACAAGCCUAUGCGGCCGACUGCAUUGCGAUAAAAGAAGAAUAUGACCACCGACGUGCAGUUUCAGUACCAGGGAGUAGGCUUGCAACUAUCUAAAGAACUUCAGCUGUAACUGUAAGGAGUUGUACGACUCUACUAGUUGGCAUUUACGAGGUCCGAGGUCCUGUGCUGGUUCAGAAAGGCUUGAAUUUCUCAUAUGUUGUCUACAUCUUUGCAGCAAAGAUAGUGAACUUGGAGUUGUUGACCAAAAUCAUGACAGCACUACUUGUUUUAUUCAACACGAUUAGAAAAUGAAAAUCAAGCGCGUAAUUUUAGAGGACGUAGUACAGCACGCAGCUGGAUAUUGUAUUCAUCCCACCAUCUAUUACAUUCUUCUAUCAUUCCCAUAGACGGCACUGUUGACUAGAGUUUCUUCAUUCUUUGUCUACAAUUAUGAUUAUCCACGUACGAGUUCGAGUAACGAGACUACUCCUAUCCGUGUAAGUAAGUAAGUGAUACAUAGCUAAUCGAGCAGUAGCGAAAAUGAAAUUAAAUACUAGAAGAUUGCCGAACAACAAAGCCCUGUCAUGUUUAAGUUGUAGUAUGCCCAGUGGCUUCAGCUUCUUUUGAUAGCCUUAGCCUCGAUGUUCCUAUCAGUCAUUUAUUCCUCGGUACUAGCAGCUACCUAUGAAACUAAUCAAAAGUUAAAAAUAGUGAAAUAGCUGGAGUAGGGACUUGUAUUAAAGUUUAAACUGUUCAAAUGAUCACGACGAUUUACCACCAGGUGAAAAACUGGAACAUUCGUCUUCAUCAUCUAUUUCUAGUAAUUCCUAGAAAAAAAGGAAAUUUCUAUAGUAUACCAGAAUGUUGCAAAUGCAAAAUGUUGAGUAGAAUGAGUGUAUAUGUAGCUCGUCCCUUCACCUGGAUGUCAUCAAAAACAAAAUGCGAAUAUCAUGAUGCUGCAAAAAUAAGUAAUUGGAAGUACAAGUACAAGUGGAACAAGAAGUAACUUGUUGCAGAGUGUUAAGUUUACGUUUACCAUAAUCAAUACAUAGAAGUAGUUUACUAGUAUCUCAGUCAUUCAUCAUGUUGAUUAUGCUGAAGAAUAUCACGUCUACCAGUAGUUGUCGAAAAAUUAGUAGACGAACUAAUCAUGAUGUUGAAUUUGAAACAGUACCCAUUCCCAGUCGUCUUGUCUUCUAAAAGUAUAAUCGGUAAGGACAGUAGCCGCAGCUGACGUCUCUUUCUCUUAAUAUUAUUUAUUAUCUUGCAUCAUGUUCAUGUUGUGUGGUCGUUUGCGUUUCUCUAUCAGUUCGCGGCUUCGCUCUUACUUGUUCUCUUAGACAGUAAGAUGAAUCAUGUCGGUUUCUCUGCUUCUCGUUCUUCCGAUUCUGAUUGUUGAUUCAUACGAAAACGACACUGAAAAAAAGUAGGAUUGUUCUCGUUGCCACUGACUCAUCGACAAAGGCAAGGUUCUUUGUGGUUAU